GUAAUUAAAUAUGGCGGAAGCUCGAGCAAAUUUAUCCCUUGGUGGAUAUGAUGAUAAGUUUGUCAACUCAGUGGAAGACGAUUUGAUAUGUGGAAUCUGCAAAUUACCCCUGAACGACCCAAUUCUAACACGAUGUGGUCACAGAUUUUGCAGGGUGUGUCUCGAUGGGCACUUAAACAGGUAUUCCGUUUUGCCGCAGGUAGUUUAUGUUGUGAUUUAUUUGUGCCCAACCGUCCUUUUACGCGAAUAGUAAUGGAUUGCACUCUUCUGAUACGUAUGAGAAACAUAAUGAUGGGAUUUAUAUCCUUGCUUGGCGUUCCCAAAAAGGAGCUGAUGGCUUGAAUGGUGCUAUAAUUUGGAGGGGCAGUUUGCAAUAUAAGCUGUUCUAAGAAAGAUCUAAGAAAGACAUGUUCAACUGAAGUGUAGUGCCGUCGGUUGUGGGGGGAAGAAAGAGUUGACUGACAGCUCAUGUUCUUUGCGGCUUGAUUAAACCGAGCUUUAUCAGUCAUGGGUGUUAACAUUUUGUGUUGAAAUGGUAGUGAAUGUCAAAAGUGAUUCCUUCAGAGAAAUAAAUGAACGCUAUGGAAGUCUAAGCAAAUGUUACAUUUACUUCGUAGUAGGUAAGCACAAAUGACAAGAUGGAAGAAAUUGCUUCUAGUUCUAGUACUGAAAAAAUAUAUGUAAAAUGAAAACAUAGUUGCGCAGCAGCCAGUCAACAUGAAAAGACACGAACACGGCAAACCGAACUUGGAAAGGCUACCAGUUUCUUGCAAGAAUAGUUUGCACCCUUUCGCAUUGUUGUCAGAUUGGUUUAAAUGAAAAGGUUGUCUUGGAUAUUUUGAUAAAUAAAACACGAUUUAGUAUAAUUAAGUUUCCGAAUAUCGUGUUUUACUUUGCCGGAGUGAUACCAAAGUUUUAAAUUUUCGUUAUCGACCAUGAAACUUUUUUUGCUUCACAUUAGCUUAUAUUUCAUCAUUGUUUUGCUGUCGCUGUUUCUAAGGCACAAAUAUAAACAGGAAGUCGAAUAACUGAUGCGUAUCUUUCCGGCGUGUUAACGCUUUGGCGGUUUAUACAGUGUUUCAGUUUUCUUAUAUUAAGACUAUGUUCGUGCCUGUCUCAGGCUUUACCAUUUACCAGUGGUAAAGACUGAAAAAUAAGUAGAAAUUAUGUAAAACAAGCAUUGUGCGUUUUACUUUUGAAUUUAAAAAAAGGGUGCACCAUGUUCCUUUGUUUUGUGUGCACACUGACUUUAACACAAUUUAAGCCAAAUUGAGAACCUUUCUAAAGUACCGUUCAAUAGGACAUCGUUAAAUGUUUUAUUUCUAUCUAAUGAGGAUUUUGAUUGACGAGAUCAAAAGAAAGCAUCAAGAUGUAGUAAGUAUUUCAGAGUGAUACUGAAGUAACGCCUCUGUUUUGGAUCUAGUCAUUCGACAAAUAGCUAACCAACCUAUCACACUUGAUUGAUGGUAUUGAGCCUGGGGCGCUUACUGCAUUUCUCGAUAGGUUCUUUCCAUCCAUAUCUCGCACAUUUAAUGUCACCGGACUAUUUUAAGAGUAGGGAUAGAGUAAGUGCGAGAACCGUGUCGGCAAACGAAUUUUCCACCCCUCCCCCAGCAAUCGAGUGUCAGGGGCACCCAACGACUGUUUUCUAUGAAACAUCUGUUCGGAGAAGCAAGUAUUGACUAUUACUAUUCAACCUCACUCAGUAGAGUGAUUUCGCACGUGGCAAAAAAUACAUCGUUUCCUGAAACUGUAAGCUUGAAUAAAGCUGUUUUUUUUUAAUCAAGGUGUCUGAACAACAAAUAUUAUAAGCUCAAAAUACAACAGAAAAGAUGACGCGAAACUGCGCCGCGACGGUCCUGAAAGUGGAGCGUCACGUAUGCCACAUUUUGGUGCAGUGUAAACAGAUAUUCGGACCGUAACUGAAGUGAAAAAGUAGGUAAGAGAACUGGAAUCGGCAAUCCACUGAGACGGAAGUAAAUAUUCAGGACUGACGACUGGGAUUUAGUUCCUCUAGACCAACCGCCCCUGCACGAUAUUCGAUUUGUGUGAACGAAUUGUUCCAGUUCUUUGCCGUUCAGCUGUUCAUACUAUACAGUGUAGCUUUUCGUGUUUGCACUGUCACAUACAGUGUUAACAUAGCCUACGAAAGUGCUGAUAUUAUACCCCAUAUCGUACAUUAAGUUAUUGAUUUUUUUGUUAAAAAAUAUCGUCAACAAAGGGUAUGUAUCGACAAUUUUAUAGCCCUAUUCUUAUUUAUCAAAGGAGGUGUGCCUCAGGGCACCGUUAUGGUCCCACUUUCUAAAGUACCUUGAUGACUAAGUAGGCAGAUGACUUUACGUGUGGUAUACCCAUUGGGCCUUGUGUUUUUUACUAGUGCCUCCUGUGAGGGGGUAGAAAAUAUUUAAGCCUACGGGAGGAGAUUUUAGCCGAGCUCAACGCUUGCGCGAAGCGCGCGUGAGCGGAGCCCCAUAACUGAGAAAAUUUGGUAAUCUAUCCACACGAGAAAAUUUGGUUAUGACGUCAGGGUACGACCGAACGCUGACCGUACAGACUCCGGGGGAGGGGGAGGGGGAGGGAAGUAGGAAGUCAGCCCGUCGGGGGAAGAGCAUGUUACAGCUGAGGUGAAAUUUUGCAUUUCAAGCACCCCGUUCGUUUCGGCGGUAAAUGACAUGGCCGCCCGGACUUUUAGAGAGAAAAAACAGCAACAAUAACAAAAAAACGAGUCUUUCUUUUCACUAAAUUUUAACGUCUACAUUAACUUGUAUAACAGGGAAAGAGCGACAGCUAGGAAUAAAUCAACGGAGACCAAUUUCGCUGGGGGAAAAAACAUGAAAAUUAUAUAGCGGCGGUGAGAAAAUGGGAAUGCUAGCGGCUACCAAGGUGAAAAUGAGCGGCAGUGAAAAACAGAGUGAACAGGAACACAAACAUUUCCUCCAUAAAGCGUGUAACUUGGAAGUUAAAGGAGGUUUCACGUCGUACAAAACAACGGCAAGGAAAUGUACAAAAAAGUGUGCUGCACGUGCAAAGUUGUUUUUUCGCUAAUUAGAAAAAAAAAGUGUGCUGCACGUACAAAGUUGUUUUUUUUGCUAAUUAGAUCUAUUGUUGUUGUUUUUUACCGUUCUCGUUGUCUUCACCUCGUCUUUAGUACUACUCGAUUUUAUAUUUUCUUUGAGGAAACUAUAAACAUUAAAGAGAGCUUCGCUUUUAGCCCUAGCUAAAUUUAUAGAUUGUGAAGCUAAAUCUGAGUAAGACCAAGGCACGAGUUAUAAAUGAAAACAAAAAAAAAUACAGCAUAGGCAUCCUCGUGAUUCAAUUCUUGGUUUGCAACCACGUGACAAGGCGGCCAUGUUGGGGGUCAAAACAAAAGAAUAUUUCCUCGAAGAAUUUACAUGAAAAUUGAGUUUAGUUCCCAGAGGAGAGAAAUGCUUUUGUUCUUGACCACCAACAUGGCCGCCGUGACGUCACGUGCAAACCAGCAAUUGGUAACAUAAGCGUUUGUUAUAUCUGAAGGUCCAAGGAGUGAGGCUGCGUGCAAACGGACACAACAACUCCCAACAUUGUUGCCCCAACAAUGUUGGGCGUUGUUGCGUGCGUGUUGGCAGUGGUGUGCAAAUGGAUGCAACAACUCCCAACAAUGUUGGGACCUACGGUGCAUCGAUACAACCCAUAAGUCUUUGUAAACCAUGCAUAAUGAGCGUGCGUGGCCCCAGCAAUGUUGGAAGAGCUGUGCAAACGGAUCCAACAUUGUUGCGCUACGCUUCGGCGAUCACGGAACAAAAGAAAUGUUGGGAGUUGUUGGCUGAAAAGUUUGACCGGUUUCAAACUUUGCGCAACAACACGCAACAACAUCCAAUAACAUGCAACGGGGUGUACAAACGGACGCAACGUGUAACAUCCAACAAUAUUGGGAGUUGUUGGUCAACAAUGUUUUGUCCGUUUGCAGGCAGCCUGACACUUCAAGAUAGUCCUACCAACUGGAUUUUUGCAACUGCAUUUUGAGGAUUUGAUGCCAAGAGCUCUAAAAUGUAGGCAUAUCCUUAAAGUGUCCAAAAGUAAUGGUUAUAGUGUAUCUGUCCUUCAUUGCCUUUUCAACUCUCUCAUUAUGUUACUCUUUGUAAUAUUCUACUGUAUCAAUUUAUUAGUGCUCGACUAAGAAGAUCUAUUUCUCUCUUUUUUUAGCAAUCGUUUCCGGUCAACCUGUCCGGUUGAUCGACUUGCCCUGAUACGAACAAGAGUAAGUGUAAACAGGUUUGUUAGCUUAAACGUCUUUGACGUGGAAUAAAACUCGGUAAUCUAGUGGAGUACUGAGACACUUGAUCAGUCCUCUCUAAGCAAAUGCAAAUGUGGGCAAAGCUCUCCUUUCUCCUCGUGCACGUGAUUCCAUAGAAGUGGUUGCAACUAGAUUCGUUUACAAAAAUGGGCUCUCAUAAUCAACCAUUUAAAGACCAUGGUCGCAUUUACUGAGGUCGUUUUGAAGAAAGAGCAGCCCUUUUUAAUUGCUGAAAAAUACUAGAUUUAGUCUGUUUUUUUUUUUUUUUCAAAUACGAUUUUUAUAUUGUCUAGGACCUUUUCCCAGACGAAGCAACAAAACGAAAGAUUCUCUCACUUUUAGUCCAUUGCCCAAGUGAAGGAUGUCAGUGGACUGGCGAACUGAGGUCCAAAGCUGUAAGUAAAAUAGUUUCGAUCCUUAUUAAGGUGACUCGACCCAGUUUUGUUUUUUUGUGGGGGGGGGGUGUACCAUCCUACUUUGAAGCUCUCUGGUAUCCCCACCUUUACUUUUGUCGUAAGUCUAACACAUAGAAUGGAUAACAUAUAGAUCAAUCUACAAUAUAACAUAAAAUUUUUGGCGAUCGGAGUAAAUGUCACGUGGUUAUAAUGCCACGCCCCUUUGAGGUCUGAGUCGAAAAUCUGCUGUUGCCGGUAUUUAUUCGUGAAAAUCUCUCGGCUACACAUAGUGCGCAUUAGUGCCCUCCGCUGAACAGAGUUUCACCAAAAUCGCAAAGACCCAAUUCGAGAAAUUCAGCGGUUUCCAAAUUUAGGUCAUAAUUUAUGCGAAAAUGAUAAGCAAACUUUACACGGAUUAUAUCUAAUAAACUACGAGAUUCAUCUCUGUAUUUUGGGCAUCGUUAUAACAGAUGGGUCCUUGCAAGUCAGCAAAACAAUUUAGGGCCUUGUAAAUGCGCGCGAUUUCGAGCAAAGCAAACAUAUAGAAAUUAUAGUUUUCGCUAUUUGUUGACGUUUCUCAGCGUUUAAGAGUCAAUCUCACGAAAAAAAGCAUUUUCUUAAAAAUUCGUAGUUUUUUUCCCUUCAAAUUUUUUCAGGGCCACAAUUGAUUAACUAACUACCCGGACGCUACCCGAACGCAACCCGGAUCUAUAUGUUAUCCAUUCUAUGUGUUAGACUUACGAUAAAAGUAAAGGUGGGGAUACCACAGAGCUUCCAAGUAGGAUGGUACCCCCCCAAAAAAACUAGGUCGAGUCACCUUAAACCGCAAAGCUAACUGAUAAAAAUAUAUGAGGUACACUAAUGAAGUUGUGAGAUGGUAGGAGAGCAUUUGAUAUAUGUUGUGGUUCAUCAUCCCUGGUUUAAAUUAUAUUUCUCCUUGUUUUGGGGUAUGGUAAUGUACGACAAUGACAUGAUAAUAAGUUUGAGACAAGGGAAAACAAAAUUUAAAGCAAGGAUAAAGUUGAACCACUCCAUUGCUCCAUUUUUAUAGCUAAAAUCUUUUUACAUGGAGAUGAGGAACCGUAGAGAAGGUAACCAGCCCAAGCACCAAAAGUAGGGCAAUCCGCCUGUCCGUACAACUUGACCAUGUUUGUACGACAGUUGGAGAGACUCGCUUAGGCGGGUUGUCCGAUCUGCCGGAACCUCUCAGCCGGCGGGGUCACAUUUUGCCAUGACUUGUAAACGUUUCAUGAUGGGGUAACGUCGGAUUCACGUUACAUCAAUUCCCUCCAUUCUUUAGUUCUUUCUUCAACUGAACAUUUAGAUAGCUUAAGCAAAAACAUUUGAUGAGCGACGUUCGUCAAUCGGAAGUGUAAUGUAAAGUGCAACUGAUCUGUAUGUGUAAAUAGCAGUAUAAAAAUAAUAAACUAUUAUCAUUAUUAUUAUUAUUAUUAUUAUUAUUGGGUGGACUAGUUGCAUUCUUUGGCAGCAGUUGUGCCUCUUUUGAGGGGAAAAUCGUGUCUGUAAGAGAAAAAACACUUAGCAAUACAAAUUUUGUGGCAUCAAGACUUAUUAAUUAGGAAAAAGCCUCACUUCCAGUAGACGUGCAUCGCUGAAAAACGCCUUUGGUAAUCACGACGGCCGUCGAUUUACGUGCGCAGCAUCUAUGCAAGAAGACUAAACACGUGGGAUAUUUCUUACCCCACGAGGGCUUGCUGGGCGGUUUAUCUAGCCUACGUGGGGUCCCCCACCUUCAUGUAGACAGGCCCUUAGGCGGGGGCUAGACGUCAAGCUUUUCGUGAGAUAAACCAAAGUGCGAUUAGGGGUAAGUUGACUGCUUGGUCCAAAGCGUGAAAGGGGAAAGAGAGAAAGAGGGGCCUGCUUUGAGAGCAGAUGUUUUGCAUUUUGCCCACCAAUUUCUUCAAUUUCGUUGUAGAAGAACUUCAAUUAAUGUAUGGUCUUGUUAGCAUUAUUAUUUAAUAUUCACUGUAGUUUUGAUUGUAAAUCUCAGAAUGUUCCUCGCGAAGCACUUGGCGAGGGCGGUCUUAGCCGGGUGCAAACUCGGACUCCCCAUAUUUCUAUUUAUUUAUCAAUCUCCUGAUAUCGCUUGGUGUCCUCCCUUACGUCAUCAAGUGUGUGUCGUCAUGGAGCAUUUUGGGUUUCCAGGUAACACUGAAGAGUGCAUGUCCUGCUUCGGUCUAGCCUGCGUAGCAAGCGUUUCAGUGCGACUAAGGAAAAAACGAGGAACGAGAGUCAAAGACCGCGCGCUCGUUUCAUUUCUCGCGCGGCCAAAAUCAAAAAUCCCAUUUCUCUGUCUUUCUUUGCUCCGAAACCAAACGGAAACGCUUGCUACGAAGGCUAGCUUUGCGAAUUGGUCCUACAGUAUUUCUAUUGGUCUGGUUUUUCAGUGGUCUGAAAUUUCAUACGUCUCCACCCCCGCGCCCACCAAUGGGUAGGGGUUGGAGACGUAUGGCGUUUCGGACUAUCAGCGGUCGUUUUAGGAAUCGAUAUAUGCUUUUUGCAAUGAAUUUCGAUGUAAAAGUACUUUUAAGAGCAAACAGAAGCGGUGUGGAUAGAUAGAUAUGAGCGAAAAUCGGGGCAACAAAAGACAUGGUUGGUAGCAGACGCAUCUGUUCUUUUUGGUUUUUUUUACCAUCAAAACAGCAUUUAUUCUCCUGAAAAAUAUCUUUGAAUUCGUGUUUAAUAGGGCUUGAUCAACUUCAUACAGGGCGCGCUGACGGAAGUUCUAAGGGAAAUGUUUUAAAUAAAAUAUUAUCGCCUCCUUCCUAGUUUGUCUCCACCUGGCGUUGUGGUAACGAAACUGCCCGGCAC